GUUCAGACAACCAUCCCCGUUUAAACCUGAUAACAUUUUAGGAAAUGCUCCUGUUCACACACCCAUGAGAGAAUUUGACACGAUUGUCUGGCAAGCAUUUCCAGGAAGCCUUCAUUAGUGAUUGAUGAAAAGUAAAACGUUAGGUUUGCAAUUUUGUUGCAGAUACUAGAAAUGACAGGAGAGCAGACACUUCAAGCUCUGGAUAGACACAAUCCCCGUCCCCCCCCGUCUGGGUUACGCAGGCUGCACCAAACGCCAUAUUGCUUAUGCACAUCCAGCUCAUGUCCGGAGCAGCUAGGGUGGGGGUGCUAGGGCUGGUGUGCGUGUGUCUGAAGGGUUUCGGAUUGGAGAUGUAGAAAGAAAGGGCAGUUUCGAGGAAGUGACGGACUCGGUAGACGGGACUGGUCAGAGGAAGUUUACUCGAUGGUGGUACCGUGCUGCUUAACGAAAACUUUUCCCCCUGAGCGCCGGUGGCACCGUGGAUCGAAACGGACCGAUCCAGCGGUGAAGGGAGCUUUUGUUUCCUCGCCACACCAGCGUUAACGUUACUCAGGAAUAACUUGGGAUUGGGAGGGAGAGGGGAUCUCAGGGGAAUUUCACUCUCGCAACCAAACCCCGCUUUCCCUUCUCUUCCCCGCGCCUCCUCCAAUCUUUUUUAACAUCCGCAAUGGGGAAGGAGCAGGAGCUCCUGGAAGCGGCGCGCACGGGAAACCUGACCGCAGUGGAGAAGCUUUUAGCCGGGAGGCGACAAUCAUCCGGCACCGGGAGUGGAUCUACUGGGACCGGAGGAAGCGGCAACAUCGGCGGGCUCGGCGCCUCCUCUCAUCCCCUUUCCAGUCUGCUCAGUAUUUGGAGAGGCCCCAAUGUGAACUGUGUGGACAGCACUGGAUACACCCCUCUCCACCAUGCUGCCCUUAAUGGACACAGCCAGGUGGUGGAGGCGCUGCUACGAAACGAGGCCUUAACCAACAUUGCUGACAACAAAGGCUGCUACCCUCUCCAUCUGGCUGCCUGGAAGGGAGAUGAACAUAUCGUCAGACUGCUCAUUCACCAAGGACCUUCACAUCCCAGACUCAACGAGCAGAACAAUGAUAAUGAGACGCCGCUGCACUGUGCUGCCCAGUACGGCCACUCCCAGGUGGUGCAGCUGCUGCUGGAGGAGCUGACGGACCCCACCAUGAGGAACAACAAGUUUGAGACCCCACUGGACCUGGCGGCGCUUUACGGCCGCCUGGAGGUAGUCAAACUGCUGCUCAGUGCCCACCCCAACUUGCUGAGUUGUAACACCAAGAAGCACACGCCGCUGCACCUGGCCUCUCGGAACGGACACCUGUCUGUGGUGGAGGUGCUACUGGAUGCUGGCAUGGACAUCAACUAUGAGACAGAGAAAGGCAGCGCUCUCCAUGAAGCAGCCUUGUUUGGGAAGAGAAACGUGGUACAGAAACUUCUCAGUGCAGGUGUCGAUGUAAACAUCGUCGACCAGAAGGGCCUGACAGCGCUGGACACUGUCAAGGACAUGCCCUCCCAGAAGAGCAGAGAGAUAGCUGCUCUCAUUUUAGGUCACAUGAGUGGAAAACAUGACAUUGCCCUUCCCCCUCCACCAAUCCCUCCACCUCAGGAGAGUCCCAGCCCACGGAAAAAGGGUGAUCUGGAGAAGGUGAGUGAGUUGAUCUCAGGGCUGGCCCCACGGCCUGAGGAGGAGAGUCCAUAUGAGGCUCUGUAUGAGGCUACCUCUUGCCACUCUCUGGACAGCCUGACCAGUGGCAAGUCAUCGGACAGAGACUCUGGACGGCCGGAUAGCGAAGCUGGCAAGAAAGAUCGCCUGUUCCACUUAUCACAUCCUGGUGCUGGUCAUGAAGAACAUGUGAGGUCAGAGGCUCUAUAUACUAAUAGCAGUAUUGAUGAGAAAGGCAGGCUGGUGGAGGAGGAGGAGGAGGAGAAGGAGGAGGAGGAGGAUCACACUUAUGAGUUGUUGGUGACUGCACAAACCAAAGUCCCACCACCCAGCAAGGAGGCCCACUCCCAUAAAGGUAAUAGAAUAAUCCGGUGUGAGAUAAUUAAAGAUCGCCUGUUCCACUUAUCACAUCCUGGUGCUGGUCAUGAAGAACAUGUGAGGUCAGAGGCUCUAUAUACUAAUAGCAGUAUUGAUGAGAAAGGCAGGCUGGUGGAGGAGGAGGAGGAGGAGAAGGAGGAGGAGGAGGAUCACACUUAUGAGUUGUUGGUGACUGCACAAACCAAAGUCCCACCACCCAGCAAGGAGGCCCACUCCCAUAAAGAUGAGAAUACCACUCCACACUCUUCCAACAGUGUCCUACCUGAGUGUAAACCUACUGCUCCGAAUGACCUCAGAGCCCCAGGCAAGGCGAAAGACACUCUGCAUCCUCCUGGACGGGUGGGCACACAGGCACCCCGAGAUAACUUACAGCCCAGCAAGGAUCAGGGAGCGGGUGUCCCGGAGCAGUUCACUGGCCUCCUGCACGGAUCCUCUCCUGUCUUCGACUGCCGUGAGGAGCCCUUCAGGUUUCCAGGUGUUCUGCCGCCCAGCCAGAACCAGCAAGAAUCAAGAAAAACGGCCAAAGUAAAAGAGGAAAUAGCAGCAGCUGCACCACCAACUAGCCGUCCCAGUAUGGCUGCCAUCCUGACAGACUGUGAUCCAAAAGCAAUUUAUGCAACUGUGAACAAGGAGUCCAGAGACUUAGGGGCUGGAGCUUCCAUUAGGAAGCGGCCUCCUGGGGACCUGAAGCUGGGACGCAGCCUCUCCAAGUCUGAUUCAGACUUGCUGGUGUCGCCUCCUAAUGAGGAGGAUGGAGGACUGGGAAGCCGUAGCGAGUCGGUUUCUAACUGUAGCACUAGCAAGAAAAGGCUUGAGAAAUCUCCCUCUUUCACCUCAGAAUGGGAUGAGAUCGAGAAGAUCAUGACACUGAUUGGUGCUGGCAUUGAUUUUUCAAGAGAUCAGCAAUAUGCUACACCAGGUACGUUACAGUUGCUGGUUCAUUUUAAAUGUUCCUGGCUGACUGUUAUAGCUAAUAACUUCUGCAUAUUAGCUCCUAUCCCUUUAUCACCUCCAUUGUCCCUGAGAUCAGGGGUACUUCAGUCCGCCCUGGGUGAUUGUGGUUCAGCCCCCGCUGCCCUGCGGGAGCUGACGUCCUAUCCUCAGAGGACACUGUCUCCUCCGCCUUCCUGUUGCUGGUGCGCCCGGCUCUGCUGGCCGAGAAUGAUGUGGCAAUGCCACGUCUCAUCCUCAGAGUGCCGCUGCUACCGGCUGAAAGGUUUCUCCCUCCUGAAGCGCUUUCCCCUGUCAGCAGGUGCUGCAGGCCGACUGCUGGAGCAGCCCGUGGGAGACUGGCUGGAGCCCGUGGGGCUGCCGCAGUACGAGAGCAAGCUGCUCCUCAAUGGUUUUGACGACCUCCGCUACAUGGGGAGCAAUGUCAUGGAGGACCAUGACCUAAGAGAGAUUGGCAUCACAGACCCAAGCCACAGAAAGAAGAUCCUUCAUGCAGCACGUUCAUUACCUAAGGUGAAAGCACUGGGCUGUGAUGGCAGCAGCACCCUCUCCUCCUGGCUGGAGAACCUGGGACUGCACGACAAUUUCCUGACCAGCGGCUACCGUACUCUAGACUGUGUCAAAAACCUGUGGGAACUAGAGAUUGUCAAUGUGCUAAAGAUCACCCUAGUAGGUCACAGAAAGCGCAUCAUUGCUUCCUUAGCGGAAAGGCCCUACGAGGAGCCUCCAGUCAAGCCUCCUCGUUUGUCUCAGAUCAGGUGCCAAGACCUGCCUGGGUCCCAGACCGUGUCUCCACUCAGUCAGAUGGAGUCCUACACAGGACGCUCAAUGGACCCCCUGCUGCCUGUAGGAGAGCAAGGGAGGAAAAAAGUGCCAGAUACCGACUAUGACGUUACCCAAAAACAUCACAGUGAACGGCACAAAACUCAUGAACGACAUGAAGAACAACCUCGAGAGCCCCGUCUGACCCUGCGGCCGCCCAGUCUGGCAGCACCAUAUGCCCCAGUCCAGAACUGGCAUCACCAGCCUGAGAAACUCAUCUUUGAGUCUUGCACCUAUGAAGCCAAUUACCUCGGUUCCAUGCUUAUUAAGGAACUACGGGGUACUGACUCCACACAGGAUGCUUGUGCCAAAAUGCGGAGGUCAACAGAACAAAUGAGAAAAGUCCCAACCAUCAUCCUCUCCAUCACCUACAAGGGUGUGAAGUUCAUCGAUGCAGCCCUUAAGAACAUCAUCGCAGAGCACGAGAUCCGAAAUAUUUCGUGUGCAGCCCAGGACCCAGAGGACUUGUGCACAUUUGCCUACAUCACCAAGGACCUCCAAACCAGCCACCACUACUGCCAUGUGUUCAGCACAGUAGACGUGAACCUGACCUAUGAGAUCAUACUGACGCUGGGCCAGGCGUUCGAGGUAGCCUAUCAGCUGGCUCUGCAGGCCCAAAGGACCAAACAGCACCAGAACGUCCCAGCAGGAGCCAGUUCAGAGGUCAUUGAGACCAAGUCCAGUCGGCCUGUACCCAAACCGCGAGGCAGUGUGCGGAAGUCAGCGGACUCUCCUCCCCUCGACAGCUGCUGCUGUAACACUUACAGCUGCACCACCCACCGACCCUCCUUCCUACCGCUGCACUCUGCCAGCCCUGCUGCCCAGGCUGACACUGUGGAUCGUGAGGGGGAUACUCAGUCCCAGGGCAGUGCCAGCUGGCUCGUGGACCCCAAGGAAUCCAAGCGCACUAUCAGCACUAAGUACGAGACCACCAUAUUCUGAGUGGAACCCUUUUCCUCCUGACUUUUGACCUCUCAGUCUGGGCCUAGUUACACCCCUCGUCCCCUCCUCUGCUUCUGUGUGCCUUUCACUGGGACUGCCUGUCUCUCUGGGCUGGACCCCUGCCCUCUCCCAUCCCUCUUCAGCCACACCCGUGUCCUGCUUUGACAACAGCGCAGCCUGUGACAGUUAACCGAGUGCUAUAUUCCUUCCUUAUGCUAAUCCACCACCAGUUCUACUUUUCCACUUUGUGAACCCUCUUCUUGCUGGUAACAGUCACACUACCAGCCUCUCCUUUCUGUUUAACCUGUAUGUUUCCUGAACGCCAUGUACAAUAUUUCCUAUCCCCUUUGUCAACAUCCCUCUAUUUACUUUUGCUGAUAAGCUCUCUCUUUUUUUCUUGGUGCUUUUCCUGCCCUGUUAGGCAAUGGCCACUCUGAGGCUUUUCACUCUGAUCUUUCAAGUCCUGACUCCUCUGUGCGCUGAGAAAAUCAGAUUCACAGUGGCCCAGAGUGACCCACUGCACACAUCCAGUACCUGGAUGGACAUGUUUCCUGAGGAAACUGAGAAACUGCUCCUGUAAUUCUAUGCACCAGUUGGACUUGAGCAGACUGUUUCUGUACAGUGGUAUGCAUGUCGUGGGCUUACAGAGGUCUGCUCAAAGCCAAAGGAGCCUACUGUCCUAGCACUGUGAUAAGGUCUUUUUGGGGCUAAUAAUGUUAGCAGUUUGGGUGGGGGGGUGGUUCUAGAGAGAAAAGGGGAACACAAUAGGGCAGAGAAGCUGAUAUGGACCUGCAUGUUAGUGUUCCUCACUGCUCCAGAAAACACAGCCCAGACUGUGUAAGCCGUGCAUGCCCUGAGCGAAAUCACUGUACGCACUUUUACCAUCCUGUCAGCACUGCCUUUUGCUUGGCCAGUCACACAGGUUAAUGUUUCACAGCAGCUGGUGAAAAGAGUUAAUCAUUAUAACUAAGGGUAAUCCAUCAUCAUCAUGCUUUUUGUGUCCAUUAGCUUGGCAGUAAUUUACUUCAUUUUAACCUCACUGCUUUGUGUGCAUGUAUCCCUCCUCCCCUGUAGCUGAAUGCUGUGGCCGCUCCCAGCCAGUAAGAAGGGACAGGAAUGAGUCCUGUUGCAUGCUGGGUAGGAGGUUUUGUUGGAGAAGUGACCCGCCUCCCAUGCAGCAGAUCACAUCACCAGUUGGAUUGCACUUGCAGCUCACCACAGCAACUCGUGGCCCAGGAGACAAACCGGCGUAAAGCUUGUGAUGCUGCACACUCCAUCAGUUCAUCUGACCUCAUUGACUUCAUCACUCGGCCUACACACACGCCUCUAUUUAGGCGAAGGUUGUCUCAGUCAGAUGUACGUGUUGCGCUCUGUGCAUUUCCUGAAAUGUGGAUGGCUGCCACUCUCACAGAGUUAGCAGGUACUCUUUCAGGAAAUGUACCUGCAGAUUUCAAUACAGAAGUUGUAGUGAAAGAGGAAGUUGCUGACAUAAGCAUCUAUAAUUUCAUUUCUUGCUUUUUGUUUUGUUAUGAAACAAAGGUACAAACAUCACACUGUAAGGUACACACUUUUUCCUGAACCUUGUAGCGUCUCUUCAUGGUCAUCAGCUUCUCAUCCACAGCACACAGUUCAUGUUUAACUGUGAUAAAUGAUGUAAUCUCACAUGGGAGGAGCUCUCCAACCAAACUCAAUGGACAGAGGAGCUGACACUACAAAGACUGUUUUAUAGUGAUAUAACAGGGGGUGGCUUUUUAUAUCUGAUUUGAAAGUUUUCUCUUUUUGUGUUUUAAUUGUUUUAUAGGACAAUAACAUGUCCUAAUGCUGGAACUGGAUCAGGUGUGGUUCACUGCGGUUCGCUCUCUCCUUCCCUGCUCCUUUGUUCAGUUAAUCUAGACAAAAAUAUUCACCAAACCUGCCAUGCAGGCUGGUGCAUCUUUAGACUUUAGCUGCAGAAUAGAACAAUGGGGCACAGCAUGUUUCUUCCAGUAACUCCCAGUAUGUUGACUGUUAAUGGUACUUUUUGGUCAGCCAGUCUGUAUAUGGGUGCAUAGUCAGGUCAUUUUGAUUUAGCUGUUAUGUAUGUGGUGCAUUGUAAGGCCAGUACAAGAACUCUACGGUACGCUGUCCUCGGCUCGCUGGUGGUAGCACCUUCAUCCUGGUCCCGUUCUGCUUUUGCACUUUGCUAAGGAUCAGGAGAGAUAUUUUGGGACUAAUCUGAUGACAACAUUGAGAAUGAUAUUGUACAUGGUUUGUAUUUUGAUACUUGAAUGAGUUUUGUUUUUAUAGAUAUCUAUAUAUACUGUAUGUAUAUGUAUGUAUGUAUGUAUGUAUGUAAUUUUUUUAAGUUUGCCAAAAGAGACGAAAUGACUAUGUCUUAUAAAGCUAAACAUAUCGUGAAUAAAUACUCUGUGAUUUAAAAAAAAGGCUGAGACAUUGACUCAGAAGGGGGACCUCACUUAAAAAAAAGAUUGUAAAUAAUCUUGGGCUUCCAGUCUUUUUUUAUGAUUAUUUUUCAUAAAUGUACAAUUAAUAAAUG